AUGAAACAGCUCGCUGACACACACCGCCGUGAUGUUGAAUACAAGAUAGGUGACUGGGUUUUCUUACGCCUCCAACCGUACCUCCAGAAGACUGUCCUCCGCCGUUCUUCACAGAAACUAUCACACCGCUAUUUUGGUCCUUUCAAAGUUGAGGCUCGCAUUGGAAAUGUUGCUUACCGCCUCGCUCUCCCCGCAACUGCACGAAUUCAUCCUGUCUUCCAUGUCUCCUUAUUGAAGAAACGUGUGGGUGAUGAAGAACCUGUUUCGGUUCAACUACCACCAAUGAAGGAAUCAGGUACCUUGCGCCUCACUCCAGCCAAAGUUCUGCAACAACGCACCGUCCAGAAAUUUGGGAAAGAACUCACGGAGAUACUAGUCCAGUGGGUUGACUUGCCUGCUACCGAAGCUACUUGGGAGGAUACGCACCAAAUUACUACCAGCUUUCCUACGUUUCACAUGAACCUUGAGGACAAGGUUCUUUCUGAGAAUGGGAGUGUUGAUAGGAUACAAGAAGAAGAAGAUGACGUUGAAGUGGCGCCAAGGAAAUCGUCAAGGCCACGUAAGCCAAACAGCAAAUAUCUUUAA